GGCUGACGGACGAGAACGGUUCAGUAAGGUUUGUUCCAUGAUAGAGGGAGGUUGCGUCGGACUCCCGCUCCACCCAGAGAACGCUGCUCCCAGCGCUGUAUAUUCGUAAUAACAUUGCCGUCUGUUGAGUGCCUCGCCUUUUAGUGUUACGUGCGUGUUGGCUCCAGAAUAGCAAGGACUGCAUCAUAUUACUUCCAGAAACGGGUAAUUAGUGAUUGAAGAGAGCUUAUCGAGUGUUACUAAGUGAGGGCAGGUGAGGUUUUGUAGGCGUGGGUGUGUCACUGAACCAAUCACACCAACGCCUCCCCGACCACGCUCCCUCCAUGCCCACGCCUCCACACGCUCCACGCUGCUGGGGAAUGUGGAUCAAGGUGUGAAAGUGUGUGUGUGUGUGUAAGAAACUUGCUCUUUUCCUGGAUCUUCUUCGGACUGUGGGUGAGGCAAUACUAACAGUUAACCUGAAACUUGAACUGUCCUACAUACGGAGAAGUUUCUAUUCCUGGCAUGUCGUCAUAACGGUGAUUGGGAUUGGAAAAGACUAACGCCGCACGCCGCCUCCACCACUCAAAGCCGUACGCAGGAUUACAAAGGAUAGCAAGUAGAAGCACGUCUCUAAAUCCUUCUUGUGUUGCCUGAUUGCAUUGUACUAACGAGGAGAGGCAGGAUAGUGCAGUGGGAGGCUUUAUGCGUUGAAAUGUAACGUAGUGGUACAGUACAUCCUUUCAAUGACUCGAGUGAGGGACUUUCAAUCUUGCAAGCGACUCCCCGCCAUCGGCGUAUAUGGUAAUGACGUGAGAGUAGGCCAUAAUACCACCACCACCACCGCCACUGCAGUAAUGGCAGCAAGAAUGUGGAUGGUGUGGGCGGUAUGGGCUACGGCGGUGGUUGCGGUGACUUGGGUGCCGACGGUUGGGGCGACGGCGCUCAGAGGACCUAAUGUUUGCAACAAACAAGAAACGUACACAAGUUUUGUGAAUGUGUCUUACUCCAAAGCCUACCAAGUUCGAACGUACACAUUCUGCUUAAGUAUUCCACCCAAAUGCUCCAAGUACAAGAUAGCUUACAAGACUUCAUUUAAAAGACAGAGUCAGACCAAGACAAGGACUGUAAAUGUGUGUUGCUCAGGGUACACCAGAGUGCCAGCUGAGGAUAGGUGUAUGCCCAUCUGCUCCCAGGACUGUAUACAUGGGAUCUGCAUCAAGCCAGAUGAGUGCCGCUGUGAAGCUGGCUACUCAGGCCCUAGCUGUAAUAUAAGUGAGCUCGUGGUCUCUGGUAAUGACUCCCUCACAGAUGACUCACUCCACAGUCAUAACUUAUCGUGUCCUGAGGGGAAAUGGGGAGUGGGGUGCGUCCACGACUGUCCAUGCCUCCAUGAAGGGAAGUGUGACCCACUGUAUGGAAACUGUUCCUGUCAUGCUGGCUGGAUUGGACCAUACUGUGAAGAAAAGUGUCAAGAGGGAUACUAUGGAGUGGAUUGCAAAGACCGGUGUCGCUGUCAGAAUGGAGGGACAUGUGACCAUGUGUCUGGUGCGUGUCGCUGUCCCCCAGGUUGGACAGGACCCCUGUGUGAAAAAUCCUGCCCUGAGGGAACGCAUGGUGCUGCCUGCAGUAGCAAGUGCCAGUGUCAGAACGGUGGCCACUGUGAUCAUGUUACAGGGAAGUGCCAGUGUCCUGCAGGAUGGACAGGAGAUGUUUGUGCAAAUCCUUGUCCUCAAGGUACUUGGGGUUAUAAUUGCUCAGAACAAUGUGAUUGCUACAAUUCUGCAACUUGUGAUCACAAAACUGGCCGCUGUAAAUGCCCAUCAGGUUACAUUGGCAACAAGUGUCAAGAUGAAUGUCCACUAGGCACCUAUGGUGUAAACUGUACAGAGACUUGUUCUUGUUACAAUGGAGCAACAUGUUCACACAUAAGUGGCCGUUGUUUCUGCAAAGAAGGUUGGCUGGGAACUCAGUGUUCCAUACCUGCUUGUCCACCAAACCAGUAUGGUCCAGGCUGUUCCCAUAUUUGUUCCUGUGAAAAGGAUAACACUGAAAGGUGUCAUCCAUGGACUGGAGCCUGCGAGUGUAAGGCUGGAUGGGCAGGAGAGACUUGUACAAGAGCAUGUCCUUUCUACAAAUAUGGAGAGAAAUGUGCUCAAAGUUGUCAGUGUAGAAAUGGAGCAUUCUGUGAUCCAGUUGACGGUACCUGCAUAUGUGCACCAGGCUACCAUGGGGCAUUGUGUGAUGAACACUGUCCUAAGUUUAAAUAUGGACAAAAAUGUGAGCUUGACUGUCGGUGUGAUAAUUCACAUGGCUGCUCACAUGAGUCAGGGAAGUGUUUCUGCAAGCCAGGAUGGGAAGGACAACAGUGCUCUCUCACUUGUCCACUUGGAAGUUAUGGAGAAAAUUGUUCUAAAACAUGUGACUGUCUCAAUAAUGGAUCAUGUGAUCCGGUGACAGGAGAAUGUAGCUGUGGUCCUGGACAUUAUGGAGAGAAAUGUGAAAAAACUUGUAGCCAGGGAAAUCAUGGAAUGGCUUGUGGAAACGUAUGUGCCUGUGUUGGGCCUCAUGUGGAAGGCUGUGAUGCUGAAACUGGCAGGUGUAUAUGCAAGCCUGGCUUUAGAGGUGUCAGUUGUCAAUCACACUGCCCACGUGGCUUCUAUGGAGAAUCUUGUUUGAAAAAAUGUGACUGCAAGAACAAUGGAUCUUGCAACUUUCAGACAGGGAAAUGUGUAUGUGAGCGUGGAUGGCAUGGAGCUGACUGUAAUACUCCAUGUCGGCCUGGGAAAUAUGGAGUAAAUUGUAAUCAGGACUGUCCUCCUUGUGUGCAUGGAAAUGGAACAUGUCACCCACAGCUAGGGACAUGUGUGUGCAAGGCUGGAUGGCGUGGUCCUCGCUGUGACCGCACAUGUGCACCAGGUACCUGGGGAAUUGGUUGUGCUAAUACUUGCAAGUGUCGCAAUGGAGCAGGAUGCAAUCAUGAGACAGGUCAGUGUUUGUGUUUGCCAGGCUGGAGAGGAAUAGACUGUUCACAGCCUUGUCCUCCAGGAAGUUUCGGUUACAAUUGCCUUCAGACCUGUCAUUGUCGCAACCAUGCAUCUUGUCGAGGAAGUGAUGGCUUCUGUGAAUGCAAGCCAGGAUGGAUGGGAUUUGGAUGCACUCAAACCUGCCCUGAGGGUUCCUUUGGUCGUCAAUGUUUCAAUGUUUGCAACUGCAGUACAGAAAACUCUAUUUGUCAUCCUGUCCAAGGCUGUAAGUGCCGCUAUGGAUUUGAAGGAGACAUGUGCGACAUCCCUAUCACUAGCCCAAUAUUCAAGGACAAAGACCCUGUCCUGCCUAAGCAGUCAACACAUAACAAUGCUGGACUCAUUGUGGGUGUUGUCUCCAUUAUCCUAAUCACUGUUGUGAUUGCUAUUAUCAUCUACUACAGGCGGCGACUGGUGCGUCUGAAACGCGAGUUAGCAGUGGUGCAGUACAUAGCUGAUCCAGCUGCUACAGAACGUCCCAGGCCUUCUGAGAACCGAGACAGUGCAAAGCUACGUUCUUCUUCUACUAAGCUUUCACAAAAGUCUGGACAACCUGUAGCAAAAAGGUGGAGUUCAAUAGCAGACCAACACCACUUUGACAAUCCUGUUUAUGCUUACCAGUCGGUGAGCAAAUCACAACCCAACCUACUUGAAAAUGGUAAUUUAAAUAAUGGUGUCACCAUCAAGAAUAAUCUCUCACUCAAGGAUGAUAAAAAUAGAGAGUGGGAGAAACUGGGCACCUUCACUUUUCAUGAUGAUGCAUGCAGUUUAGGAGCAGUUGGGGGUCACUAUGACGUGCCAUCAACACUACAACGACAAGCUCGUGUAAAAGCAUUAGAAGCAGAUGCCACAAAUCCAAACCUUAAUAUUUACCACUCUAUUGAGAGCCUGAAAGACAAUCGUCUAGUAGAGCACGUGUAUGAUGAGAUAAAGCAGCGGCCACCACCACAAAAAGAUCCAGAAUGUGAAUAUGACCACUUGACGUAUUCACGUCCACUGGGUGAAGUGAAGCCACACUACUACACUAUGGCAUCCCAGUUGCACAGGUCAGCUGACCAGCUGGCUGAGGAGGUAUUACCCAAUGGGAAGCCAGCUGCUGGGACAAGUAAAAAGUGCAAUUCACCUCAUUCAUCAUCAUCAUCAUCCAAUGAGCUGAACAUUUCCAGGCCUGAGGUCAACAUGGAAUGCCAAUCUCAGAAUGCCAGUGAUGUGCCAAAAGUGAGCAACCUCAAUGUUGGUGCCAGUGAUGAUGAGUAUGCAAGAUUGAAAGUCAACAACUUUGACGUUUCAAUGGACACUGGAAAGCGUGAUGCUUAUGCAAAAUUUGAAGAAGACUUCAAUAAGACUCUGUCAUCAGAAAUUGAAGAUUCUGACAAUAGUCACACGAGUGUCGCAGAAACAGAGGCUCUUUCAUCACAAAAAGACAAUUAACUUCAUUUCUGCAUUUGGCAAGUGGAAAGCUGAAAAUAGAGGUAAACACAUACACUAGUAAAUAUAUGGUUGCUGGCAUGAAAAACAACAAAACGUGUGGAAUAAAGGUCUUCAGAGCCUUUGCAAGAUACAUGUAAUAUAAUUUUGGUGUGGUGAAGCAUCAGUUGAUAGACUAUUGUUGCUUAUACCACUGACAUUUAUAUAAAUAUAUACAUAUAUAUUAUAAACACUUUUGUGAUGUUGAUCUUGUACAGAUGAGAAGUUUUUAGUGUACAUAUGAAAACGAAACCUUUACUACAAUAGAAGACAGUAGUGCUCCAUCCAUAGUGAUUACUGGUUGUGUUGAGAGUUUUUAUGAGGGUGAGGCAAAUCCCUUACCAUGGCCUUCAUUCAUGUAGGUAAUGAAAAAUUAUCCAGUGUUGGAAAAGAAACUUUUGAUACAUAUUUAUGGGGAUUGAGAAUUGUCCCUGUGUAGUAAAUAGUAAUUGAGAGUGUCGAAGAAUUUUUUAUCAUAUUUAAUAAUUUUUGUGAGUUAUUUUCUCACUUUUUACAAAACUAUUGACUAUUAUUUCAUUUUUUGUUAUGAAAGUUGGCAGACAAAAAUUGUAAACUCUUCUAGAUAUUUUAAUAUUAAUUCAUGAGCUUGAAAUCUCAAUUGUGAAUGAGAAGCUGGUAAUGUAUUAGCUACUGAUUACAUGCUUCACUGAAUAUCAUGUACAGAAUUUGAGAAGCUUAUGACAGCUGUUGAUAUACAUUACAUGCAACAAGGAUUGAAUGUAUUAAAUUAGACCAAUAUAUAUUUACUUCCUUACUUUUUAACAGUUUUAAUUGUUUAUAUCUGAUGUAUUUUACUACAGCUUUUAACUUUAUUAAAAUCAACAAUGUAAAAAUAUAUAAACAUAUAUGUUUUGUACUUUAUAAUAUUGCACAUUUUGGAAAGUAAUAACAUUGUAUACCUGAAAUCUUAUUUUGUAUAUCUUAUAUGCUGUUUUCUGCAACUAACUGGAAUGAGUUGUGUGAACAGAGCAACACAUCACUUUGAACCUCCUAUUUCAGGGGCCUGUGUGUUAUAGAAUUAACCAGAUUACGAGAGAUGUUAUUAUUUCUCUGUUCACGUCAUAUAUUAAUAGACCAACAUUUUAUUUCUUGUUUCAGAUGAUUGUUUCAAAGAUUAUAGAAAAAGCAGUAUAAGUAUUUUUUGAUGAAUACAAAUUACAUAAAUAAAUUAUCAUGAUUUUU